GUGGUCCUCGCGGUUGCCAUGGAGAGCGGAGGCGAGGGGAGCGCGUGAGCGCGGCCCCGCCCUUCUCCCCCGGGUCUCGCCAACGAAUCAUUUUUUAUUCGUGGAUGUGACAAAUUGUCAUCUGUUUGUGUUCAAUGGGUCCACGAAUUCACUUUGUGGUAGACCCUCAGGGUUGGUGCUGCAUGGGCCUCAUUAUCUUUGUCUGGCUGUACAACACUAUCUUCAUUCCCAAAGUCAUCCUUUUUCCUCACUAUGAAGAGGGACAUAUUUCAGCUGUGGCAGUUUUGUGUUUUUACUUUUGCUCGUUGUUUUGUAUAGCUUCAUUACUAAGAGCCUCAGUAGCUGAUCCAGGAAAACUACCUGAAAACCCAAAGAUACCACUUACAGAACGAGAAUUUUGGGAAUUAUGUAACAAAUGCAAUAUGAUGAGACCAAAGCGCUCUCACCAUUGCAGCCGUUGUGGACAUUGUGUUAGGAGGAUGGAUCAUCACUGCCCAUGGAUUAAUAAUUGUGUUGGUGAAGACAAUCAUUGGCUGUUUUUACAGCUAUGUUUCUACACUCAGAUUCUUAGUUCCUAUACAUUGAUACUUGAUUUCUGCCAUUACUACUACUUCUUGCCACUGAGAAAAGAUAACUGGGAUGUUUUUGUAAGUAGACAUGAACUUGCUAUUCUAAGAGUGUCUGCCUUCAUGGGUCUAAUAAUACUAGGUGGAAUCAGUGGACUCUUUUACACUCAGCUAAUGGGUAUUUUCACUGAUACUACAAGUAUAGAAAAAAUGUCAAACUGUUGUGAGGACAUAUCGAGGCCUCGAAAGCCGUGGCAGCAGACCUUCUCAGAAGUUUUUGGCACUCGCUGGAAGAUCCUGUGGUUUAUUCCUUUCAGGCAGAGGCAACCACUGAGAGUUCCCUACCACUUUGCCAGUCAUGUCUAAACAGAUGGAUGGUGGGCACAGAUGGGUCCUACAUGCUGGAAGGGCAUUACAGGUUUUAUGAUAAUAAGACUAUGACAGUCCUCAAGUCAAUUAAAAUCCACCCACCAGUCAAAGUUAUCAUAAUGUGCCCCAGGCUUUGUUUUAG